CACAUCCCAGCUUUGCGGAGCGGAUGACAGGAAGCGGCUUCUUCCGCCACGGCGAUUUCCAUCAACCGAUCUCUGGAGGCACUAUUCUUGACCAUGGCGCCGAAGAGGCCUUCGGAUGGUGACCUGAUUCUCCCUCCCUCCUCCACGAAGCUUCCCAAGCCGGAGCCCACCAUUGCCCAGAGCCCACCGCCAGCCCAGCACGCGCUGCCUGGCGAUUUCUCGGGCCCCGUCAAGAAGAAGCUCGCCAACUCGUCGCGUACCGGGCAAGCGUGCGACAGAUGCAAGGUACGCAAGAUACGAUGUGACCCACGGCCCGAAGGCUGCUCGCCUUGCGCCCAGAACCGCACCCCAUGCAAGACCACCGACAGAAUCACUGGCCGCGCAACCACUCGUGGGCAAGUCGAAGCUCUCGAGGGCGAGAAUGCCCAUCUCCGCUCUCAGCUGGCUGAGCUACAAGCCCAGUUGAAGGACCUGGGUGUAGAACCGCGCACGCCCGCCCACGCAAACCUCGUCCCUCCCCCCAACACGUCUUGGGCAUCGCCAGGCGCACCCAAUGAUUGGAACGAGACUUCUCAGCGCCCGGCGACACCACCGCACAUGCCUGACUAUGCUCCCGCUUGUGGGCUGGAGAAUAGUAAACCGUUGCCGCAGUUCAAGCAUGCCUCGUUUGGCGACAACUAUCUUGGCCUGUCCUCGCCAGACCCUCUUUUGAGUAAUAUCAAAGGGACCUCCAUAUCUGUAUUCGGCCAGGACAUUGACAUCACCGACUUCGUCGACAGUCAGAAAUACGACAACUCCGCCAUGACGUAUAAGCAUUUCAUCAGAAUUGCAAUGAACAUUGACCGCGUCGAACCUGUGCCUCUACCUGGGUACCAGGAUUUGAGCGAGUACUGCAAGAUAUACCUCCGUUCCCUCAACCCAUAUACCAUGCUGGUCGAUAAGCGUGAUCUGAUGCACCUGGUGUGGCGUCUUGGAAACGAACCCCAUUUUGAGCCUACCGCAGCCGAAACAUCGACUCUUCAUGGUGUGCUCGCCACGCUGAAGUAUCAGAUUGCUGUUCGUAACGGUCAAUCGUCUAUAGAAGAUGCUAUUCAACAUUAUCGUUACGCCCUGAGCUUCUACCAGGAGUUGUUGCUCUCUCAUACUUGGCGAGACGUUCAGGCCUUGGCCAUCUUAAGCCAUCACCUGCGCAACUUUCCGAAGCCUGGUGCAGCUUGGUAUAUGAGCUCAACCACCUUUUUGCUUGCCGUCGAACUUGGAUUUCAUCGUUCUCAUAAAGCAUGGGCAGAUGGCAGUAGUAAGAUGGACACGCUAGAGAUAGAGAUGCGCAAGCGCAUUUUCUGGACUAUGCAUGCGCUCCUAAUCAAUCUCAGCGGCAAGCUAGGUCGGCCUUUGCCCAUUUGCCUCGACGAGGUGGACGUCGAAUUCCCCGAAGCACUUGACGACAGCCUUCCCGGAGAAGACAUCAAUGUAACUCCGUUUCGGAAGUGCUCUUUUCAGAUUGGUAUCCAAAUUGCCAAAUUCACUGUUCACUUGUCAAGAUUGUUCGGGACACUUUAUUCGUUGAGCCGCAUGGAUAAAUCUUCUUAUGCCGACACUGUGCGACUGCUAGAAGCCGGCCUCCGACAAUGGAAAGAUGAACAGCCUUACGAAUUGCAGGACCCAAACCGUGCUUCUCGCGACGAUUUCGUGUUUGCUUUGUUCUUGGAAUAUUGGUACCAAGAGUACAUAUUGCUAUUGUAUCAUCCCGCUGUAUGUCGAUCGAGAGAACCGACAGUGAUUAGUUCGAACUCGGAUCGAUGCUUGGUGGCUUCUCAAAAGAUGCUUCAUACAUGCGAUGAGCUCAGGAAGCUGCGGAGUCUUGAUAUACCUUGGAUUAACGCAGUCACUUAUAUUGCUGCCAUUUUCACUACACUGUUCAUCAACUUCCAAAGAAAAGACCAAAUGGCCUCAGCAGACAUGGCUAAGUUACGAAAGGAUAUGGAUCAAUGGGUCGAUGUUAUAGGAGCUUGGGGUCAACUUCUUGGUUCUGGAAAUAGAUUGCAGCAUGCCAUCCAUUCAAUUGUCGAGAGAUCACUAAGUGAUAUUAGCGACAGCAUUUUCAAGAGGACAGCGAGUCAGUCCCUAGCUCAAGUUGCACUCCAGGCGCCCCAAGAGCCCCCACCAGCAGACAUGUACACUAACGGUAAUCACCACGGCCCAUAUGCGAAUUCUGCUAGCACCACGGGCGAAUCUACUAUGACCACCUCGAAUCAAGGCUACACCAAUCCGCCAGCCACUGCUAUGUACGCCUUCAAUAACGGUACUACAAGCAAUUCGAAUGCCGUAGCUCAUCAUUCGACUGGUGGAUAUGAACAGCGGUCGUAUGCUAAUGAUCAAGAGUCUGCCAUGGCGCCUUCUCAUGCCGCCGCACUCCAAGCGGCAGCGUCUAAUGCCGCUUCUUCACGCUCGGAAGAUCAUUACGGUUACAAUAACGCGCAAAUCACUAACAACGGCCAACAUCCUUAUGCAUCAACCAACGGCGUCAGCCCUGAGGACUGGAGUCGUUUCUCGAGAACAUAUAUCCAGCAGACGACACCACAGGGCGACUAUCUGAAUACAGCAACGACGCUCAUGGCACUGGGCAGUGGCCGAGAUGGCGGGUCCCAAUCUCACACCAAUGAGAGCCAGGGUAUGGGCGAUGGGUCCGUGAUGCAAGGUCUUGGUACCAAUGCCAUGCAGUGGCCUGGUGUGCAGACAGGAUUCCACUCUAAUGGACAUCCCGGCCUCUGA